AUGAAUUCGGCUACUCGAAGUUCACUUGUAUUAUUUUUGCUGCUUAUUGUUUUAAUCAAUGCUGAUAUUGCGCCAUUGGAUACGAAAUACGAUGAGCAGUGUCAGUCUCUUCAUUGUAAUACAUCGACUGAGAUCUGUCGUUUGAAUCCAAAAUGUGAUGGAAGUCAAAAUGAUCUAUUACUAAAAUGUGUUUAUUGUGCUUUAAAAAAUCAGUCGACAUUCUUUUCUCAACAAUUACCGUUAGCUCCGCGUCUAUUGGCUAAGUCAGGUGAGUCAAAGCUGAAUACUCAAAAUGGCAAUUUAAAAUCGAAUUCAACAUCGAAAGGUUCGCCUUACGAUGAAUAUUACGAAUAUGACGAAGAUGACCCAUUAGAUAAAAAUGAAUUUGUUGAUGCAGAUGAUUAUACGAAUGAAUAUGCUGAACCAUACGAUCCAAUCAUGAAUCGAUCACAAACCAUACGUAAAUCAGGCAUUUGUCCGAAACUAGUACUAACCGAUGUUAAAUGUGACACAGAAAAAAUUAUUCAACCUGAUUGUCGAUUCGAUACUGAUUGUCCGGGCGAACUGAAGUGUUGUGAAGCUCCAUGUGGAAAACGCGUUUGCAAAACAUCCAUUAAAACAAAAGUAUCAGUAUGUCCAACAUCAUUUCAAUGUACUCUUAAUUGUCCUCUUGGCUAUCGAACUGAUUCAAAUGGUUGUCUUAAAUGCGAAUGUCAAUCGUGUCCAUCAAUGGAACAAUGUAAUAAAAAUUGUCCUAGUGGCUAUUUAAAAGAUCUAUUCGGUUGUGACGUAUGCGAAUGUAAUGAUCGAUGUCCACCAUUCUUGUGCACAAUUCUUUGUCCGUCUGGUGUUGGUUUUGCACAAUCGGAAAAUGGUUGUCCAUUAUGUCAAUGUGCGAUAUCAAGGUCUAAGCCAAUUGAACACACAUCCUCAUGUCAAGAAGGUGUUCAUUGUCCACCAGGCUUCCGGUGUCUAACUGACGCACACAGCGUGCCAAUGUGCCAAGCAGUAAAAAGCAUAAUACGUGCUGUUUGCAACUUUUCAAUGAAUAAAUUUACGAAAUUUAUUUCGACGAGCUUACUGCUCUGCCUUAUCAUAUGCCAGGUUUACAGUGACUCAGAACCAGUAGCCGAUGUACCAAUAGAUAAUACUGAUUGUCAAAGUGAUUUGGCAACCAAUUGCGACCUACAAUGUUCAAAUGGAAAUUAUUUACUUGAUGCUAGUGGAUGUCCUACAUGCGCAUGUGCAUCCAACGAAGGCAAACAAUUAACAUCGUGUCCAGAAAUAAAAUGCCGCGCAAAUUGUGGUGACUCUGGUUAUCAAUUAGAUGAAAACGGUUGUCAGACAUGUAAAUGUGCAAAGAAAGAAAGUGUACAAUGUUCAAGAGUUAUGUGCCGUAUGUUUUGUCAAAAUGGAUUUAAACGUGAUGAAAACGGAUGCGAAUAUUGCGCAUGUAAUGAAUCACCAGAAGCAUGUCCAUUGAUGAAAUGUUCCAGCGUGUGUAAAAAUGGUUUUCGAAAAGAUUAUAGUGGUUGCCAAACUUGCGACUGUAAUUAUGAACAAGAAAAACCUCAAGAUAACUGUACACCAGUAGAAUGUGAUUUACGAUGUAAAUAUGGCUUUCAACGUGAUCAAUCUGGAUGUAAGAUAUGUGCUUGUAAUCGCUGUCCAAUGCGAAGCUGCCGCAUGUUCUGCAUGUAUGGUUUUCGACGAAAUGAAGACGGAUGCGACGUUUGCGAAUGUGAUUGGACGCCUGUUUCAGAAAAAAUUCAAUGUAGCGAAAGAAUUCCAUGUCCAGAUCAACGUGUUUGCAAUAUGCAAUUGAGAUUAUGUGAAAAGGUCGAUCCAGACAAUGUUAAUUGGUUUCUGUAUGAUUUUGAAAUUCAAAGUGAUAUCUUUAAUGAUCGCAUGUUUGUUCAAACAUUUAAGAGUGGUUUCAUUAGUAAUGUUGCAAAGAGAUAUGGUUUAGAACCAGCACAAAUAUCUGUUUCUUCCGUUGAACAACACGGUUUAACAUCAUUUCAAAUCAUGCCAUUUUAUGCUGAAAAUAUCGAAGAUUUUCAAAACAAAAUGGAUCAAAUUGAUGCUGAUUUGAAUUCUCAUGAUUUCCGUUCAGUUUUACCAGGCGUCGUACAAGUCAUCGACGACAAUGAUCAUAAACACCCGAAUAAAUCUACUUUUGGUGUAUUCUGUGGAAAAUUGAAACAUUUCCUACGUAUGAGCAUCAGAUCUUUGAUUAUUAUGCUCAUUUUUCUACUUAUUGCUACUGGAUUUAUCGUUUUCAUUAUGCGUCUCAAUGCUUGCCGUCGACACUUCAACAACUCGAAUCGUUCGGAUUCAAAAUCACCUAUUUACGAUUCAAGCUAUCAUCCAGCACCAACAGAAGACGAACUUUAUCAUGCUGUAAAAGGUGAUGAUGGCGCAACAUAUGUUGCCGUUGACACACAUGACAAAAAUCUAUCGAAAGACAAACAAGUUUACGUUUAA